GAAUAACGUGGCGUAUGAACCAAAAGAGAGACACGAAGUGAGCAGUGAAGAUGCUCUGCUCCUCAACUUCAUUCUCAACGGAGUCUCUGUCUAAUGAUGUGUUUUGCGUGAUUUGCUCUCUUGUUAGGAUGCUUUUGAACUCGUGAAAAACUCUGAACGCUGAAACAUGAGUGAAUAUUCAAACCAGAGUCAGUCUGGCAGCGAUUAUGAAUGGCAUUAUGAGUAUUAUGAUGAGCAGGAAACCGUGUCCUUCGAGGGACUGAGAGCCAACAGAUACUCUAUUGUGAUUGGUUUCUGGGUCGGACUGGCCGUGUUUGUCAUCUUCAUGUUCUUUGUUUUGACGCUGCUGACCAAAACAGGAGCUCCGCAUCCAGAGAUCCCUGAUCCCAGUGAAAAGCAUCAUGGUCUAGCUGACUGUGUGCUGGAGCUCAGCGGCUCUCAGGCAUUUUCUCUCUCGCCACUGCCGGACCAAUCACGUUCCCUCUAUCACUUCUACAUCCACGAAGAGGCCGUCAAAGACGCCGUGAUUAGCCAAGGGAGGCAUUGUGGGCGGGGCCCCAGGCUCCGCCUCCAGGGGGCAGCAGAGGACGAGAGAGGAGAUGAAGACAAGCAUUUCCUGUCUGACUUCCACAUUCCGAACUUCGUGAGCUCAGAUCAGUGUAGGUUCUUCAGCAGGCCCGCUGGAUCAUGGUAA